AUGUGGAGUGAAUUCUCAGUGUCAAAGCUGGCAAUCCCUGCCGUCAGUAUCCUGAUCGGGUUCCUCGCGUACACGUCGCAGUACUUCUUCCUGCACUUCAAGUCUGCACCACUCCAAAAGAACGAGGUCUGGGCGAUAAAUAUUUUCGCCGCGUGCAUCUGGAUCUGCUACUAUCGGACGUGUUUUGUAGACCCGGGCCGUCUUCCCGCCCAAGACUUGGGUGGUCCUGGCCCGACGCUCUAUCCGGAAGACCAGGCUACUGGGCGACAACGAUGGUGUCGUAGAUGCGAGGCUUGGAAACCGCCGCGAGCUCAUCAUUGCAAAACUUGCAAGAGAUGCAUCCCCAAGAUGGACCACCACUGUCCUUGGACCUCCAAUUGUGUCUCACAUUUCACAUUGCCGCAUUUCAUGCGCUUUUUGGUAUAUGCGGUUGUUGGAAUGUCCUACCUCGAGACCCUGCUGUUUGAGCGAGCGGCAAUUGUCUGGAAAAGCAGAGACCUCCCCAGCUAUCUCGGGCCGUCUCUGUGGCAAAUGAUUCAUCUAUUUAUUCUACUUGUUGCAAAUAGCUUAACGGUAUUUGCGCUUUUUAUUCUGCUGGUGCGGACUAUCUGGUCUCUCGGCUCCAACACCACUACCAUCGAGUCGUGGGAGAUUGAGAGACAUGCCACCCUGGUCCGACGAGCUCGUGUCCUUGGUGGCUUUCUCGAGGGCCCUGGAGGAAUUCAAAUCCGGAUUAAGAAGCAGGAGUUUCCGUACGAUAUCGGCAUUUGGGAUAAUAUCAAGCAAGGAAUGGGCGGGAGCUCGAAUGUUAUUAGCUGGCUCUGGCCACUUGCCGCCACCCCCAAUCGUCAGACUGGAUGGAAUUUCGAAGUCAAUGGAUUUGAAGACCCAAGUGUUUCUUGGCCUCCACCAGAUCCCGAUCGGAUUCCUCUCCCGGCUAGGCCAUCAUUGCCUGAUGAAUCCCACACGCCUCAAACGUACGGGUCGGCGCGAGAGGAGAUCGAAGCUUUCAACCGCCGCAAGAUGCAAGACUUGGACCGUCCAAAAUUCUACUCAAACGUCCAGCGCCGAAAACGCUUUCAUGAUCGCUAUGAACAGGGCGAGGAUGACGAGAACAGCGACGAGCAACCAUCUGGGCCUACGUAUGGCGACGGCGCUGACGAAGGCGAAGAAUCCUGGCGCAAUGCUGAGGGAGAACGGCUACGCGAUUUCGGUGUCGAUGAGGAUGUGGAGUUCUAUGAUGAAGAAGAGGUGCCGCUGGCAGUCCUGGUCCAACAGCGCAGGCAGUAG